AUGUCCACUCAAGGAGGAUGGGAUAACACCCAAGAAGGAAACACUCAAGGCAGAAAUACUCAAGGUGGAGAACGGGGCAGCAUUAAGGAAGAACAAACUCAAGGUGGAGGAUGGAGCAGCAUGAAGGAAGAAAACACUCAAGGUGGAGGAUGGAGCAGCAUGAAGGAAGAAAACACUCAAGGUGGAGGAUGGAGCAGCAUGAAGGAAGAAAACACUCAAGGUGGAGGAUGGAGCAGCAUGAAGGAAGAAAACACUCAAGGUGGAGGAUGGAGCAGCAUGAAGGAAGAAAACACUCAAGGUGGAGGAUGGCAGUCUUAA